AUGCAAUACCGAUACAAGGAAACACAUUCUGUUAAACCGAGGGAACAAAAUACCAAUCCAAAAGAACAUUCUGUCAAACCAAGAGAACAAAAUACCAAUCCAAAAGAACAUUCUGUCAAACCAAGAGAACAAAAUACCAAUCCAAAAGAACAUUCUGUCAAACCAAGAGAACAAAAUACCAAUCCAAAAGAACAUUCUGUCAAACCAAGAGAACAAAAUACCAAUCCAAAAGAACAUUCUGUCAAACCAAGAGAACAAAAUACCAAUCCAAAAGAACAUUCUGUCAAACCAAGAGAACAAAAUACCAAUCCAAAAGAACAUUCUGUCAAACCAAGAGAACAAAAUACCAAUCCUAAAGAACAUUCUGUCAAACCAAGAGAACAAAAUACCAAGCCUAAAGAACAUUCUGUCAAACCAAGAGAACAAAAUACCAAGCCUAAAGAACAUAAUGUAAAACCAAGAGAACGAAAUACCAAGCCUAAAGAACAUUCUGUCAAACCAAGAGAACAAAAUACCAAGCCUAAAGAACAUUCUGUCAAACCAAGAGAACAAAAUACCAAGCCUAAAGAACAUAAUGUAAAACCAAGAGAACGAAAUACCAAGCCUAAAGAACAUUCUGUCAAACCAAGAGAACAAAAUACCAAUCCAAAAGAACAUUCUGUCAAACCAAGAGAACAAAAUACCAAUCCAAAAGAACAUUCUGUCAAACCAAGAGAACAAAAUACCAAUCCAAAAGAACAUUCUGUCAAACCAAGAGAACAAAAUACCAAUCCUAAAGAACAUUCUGUCAAACCAAGAGAACAAAAUACCAAGCCUAAAGAACAUAAUGUCAAACCAAGAGAACGAAAUACCAAGCCUAAAGAACAUUCUGUCAAACCAAGAGAACAAAAUACCAAUCCUAAAGAACAUUCUGUCAAACCAAGAGAACAAAAUACCAAGCCUAAAGAACAUAAUGUAAAAACAAGAGAACGAAAUACCAAGCCUAAAGAACAUAAUGUAAAACUAAAGGAACGAAAUACCAAUCCAAAAGAACAUUCUGUCAAACCAAGAGAACAAAAUACCAAGCCUAAAGAACAUAAUGUAAAAUCAAGAGAACGAAAUACCAAGCCUAAAGAACAUUCUGUCAAACCAAGAGAACAAAAUACCAAUCCAAAAGAACAUUCUGUCAAACCAAGAGAACAAAAUACCAAGCCUAAAGAACAUAAUGUAAAACCAAGAGAACGAAAUACCAAUACUAAAGAACAUAAUGUAAAACCAAGAGAACGAAAUACCAAGCCUAAAGAACAUAAUGUAAAAGUAAAGGAACGAAAUACCAAGCCUAAAGAACAUUCUGUCAAACCAAGAGAACAAAAUACCAAUCCAAAAGAACAUUCUGUCAAACCAAGAGAACAAAAUACCAAUCCAAAAGAACAUUCUGUCAAACCAAGAGAACAAAAUACCAAUCCAAAAGAACAUUCUGUCAAACCAAGAGAACAAAAUACCAAUCCAAAAGAACAUUCUGUCAAACCAAGAGAACAAAAUACCAAUCCAAAAGAACAUUCUGUCAAACCAAGAGAACAAAAUACCAAUCCAAAAGAACAUUCUGUCAAACCAAGAGAACAAAAUACCAAUCCUAAAGAACAUUCUGUCAAACCAAGAGAACAAAAUACCAAGCCUAAAGAACAUUCUGUCAAACCAAGAGAACAAAAUACCAAGCCUAAAGAACAUAAUGUAAAACCAAGAGAACGAAAUACCAAGCCUAAAGAACAUUCUGUCAAACCAAGAGAACAAAAUACCAAUCCUAAAGAACAUUCUGUCAAACCAAGAGAACAAAAUACCAAGCCUAAAGAACAUAAUGUAAAACCAAGAGAACGAAAUACCAAGCCUAAAGAACAUUCUGUCAAACCAAGAGAACAAAAUACCAAGCCUAAAGAACAUAAUGUAAAACCAAGAGAACGAAAUACCAAGCCUAAAGAACAUAAUGUAAAAGUAAAGGAACGAAAUACCAAGCCUAAAGAACAUUCUGUCAAACCAAGAGAACAAAAUACCAAUCCUAAAGAACAUUCUGUCAAACCAAGAGAACAAAAUACCAAGCCUAAAGAACAUAAUGUAAAACCAAGAGAAUGA